CGAACCCAUAAAAAAAUCGCCACUGGUAAUGGCGUUCGAAGCACAAAAUAUCGUAUCAUUAUCAAAAUCAUGAAUUGGUUUGUCAUCAGUACCGUUGAUUUCUUCAAAGAAGCAUACAAAUUAGGGUUUUAGAGAGUAUCAGUUGGGGUUUAGGGAUUUGACAAAUUAACAAAGGAAAUGGAUAAUAACAACAACUUAGAGCACACAUUGCAGGAAGGAAAGCUUUAUCGAUACGUAAACAAUUUGAUCGUUGCUCAUCUUCGAGACAACAAUCUUACUCAGGCAGCAAGUGCAGUCGCUUCAGCUACAAUGACACCACUUAACAUUGAAGCUUCUCCAAACAAGCUUCUUGAACUGGUCGCCAAGGGUCUUGCAGUGGAUAAAGAUGACACAUUGAGAGGAGUAUCUUCAUCAACAUUGUUUGAUUCAAGCACAGCAUUACCUGCGACAUAUGGCUCGAUACCAGCUUCCCGUGCUGUUUCUGUAGAUUUUAGUGCUGCACAUGACACAAAAGGCUCCUCAAAGAGUUUCGCAAAGCACGAAACCAGGCAUGUUUCAGAACAUAAGAAUGUUGCUAGAUGUUCAAGAUUUAGUCCCGAUGGAAGGUUUCUUGCAUCAGGGAGUGCGGAUACCUCAAUUAAACUGUUUGAGGUAGCAAAAAUCAAGCAGAUGAUGCUACCAGAGGGAAGGGAUGGUCCUGUUAGACCCGUCGUACGGACAUUUUACGACCAUCUACAACCAGUAAAUGAUGUUGAUUUCCAUCCUCAAAAUACUAUCUUGAUAUCUGGGGCAAAAGAUCACACGAUAAAGUUUUUCGACUUCUCUAAGACGGUCGCAAAGAGAGCAUUCAGGGUUAUCCAGGAUACACACAAUGUUCGGUCCGUAUCUUUCCAUCCGUCUGGAGAUUUUCUUCUGGCAGGGACGGAUCAUCACGUUCCACAUCUGUAUGACAUCAAUACUUUCCAGUGCUACCUCUCGGCAAAUGUUCAAGAAAUUGGUGUUAACGGUGCAAUAAAUCAUGUGAGAUAUUCAUCUACAGGUGGCAUGUAUGUAACAGCCUCUAAAGAUGGCGCUAUCCGAAUAUGGGAUGGGGUGAAUAGCAAUGUUGUACGGUCCAUACUUAGUGCACACGGAUCAGCCGAGGCCACUAGUGCAAAAUUUACCAAAGAUCAAAGAUACGUUCUCUCGUGUGGGAAGGAUUCUUCCGUGAAGCUAUGGGAAGUUGGAACGGGAAGAUUGGUCAAGCACUAUCUUGGAGCCACACACACACAACUGCGUUGCCAGGCUAUUUUCAACGAUACAGAAGAAUUUGUAUUAUGCGUGGAUGAACCUAGCAAUGAGAUUGUGAUCUGGGAUGCUCUGAGUGCUGAAAAAGUGGCAAGAUGGCCGUCUAACCAUGCGGGUGCACCCAGGUGGCUCGAACACUCACCUACAGAGGCAGCAUUUGCGUCAUGUGGUACAGAUCGGUCAAUAAGAUUUUGGAAGGAAACUCCUUAGUGCCAAAGAAAUCUUCAUAUAUUGAAUCUUGGGGGUGCAUUGGCUGGUUGUGGUUUCUAACAUCAUGAUACUGGCUUCCACUCCUCAUAACAGCUGAAAUGGAACCGAGUUAGCUUCAUGUAUUUUUGUAAACAAUGUUAUCUGUGGGUAAUUUUGAUAACUUCUACUCGAUUACAUUGGUUUGAAACCGAAGGGGCAUAACCACACCUGUGGGUUUAACUGUUCCUGAGCCUGUAAACAUAUGACAAGAAAGAAAUGUAGGUUUUGUUUUCAAG